AUGGAUCCCCGUGAAGUGGCUAUACAAUCUGCUAUCGCUGAUCUCAAUUCUGGUGUUUUUACAAGCCAACGGCAGGCUGCCAAGGCCUAUAGCGUCCCCCGAUCAACGAUCCAAGAGCGCCUCAGCGGUCGCCAACCCAACGCGAUAGCUCAUCAUCAACAGCAGCGAUUGACUCCAGAACAAGAGCAAUUUCUAGUAAAUUGGAUACUUGAAGAGGACUCACGCGCACAGCCACCCUCCCAUCCACGCGUACGAGAAAUGGCUACCCUUAUCCUCCACAUGAACGGCGACUACGAGCCACUCGGGCAUAAAUGGGUAACCCAUUUCAUCACGCGUAACCCACGCGUCGCCUCUAUAGUUGGCCGAAAGAUUGAGAGCGCAAGGACUACAGCAGCCAACUAUGAGACUAUACGCGCGUUUCUAGAGUUGUUUGAGCGUACGCGGAUUGAGCUGGGUAUACAAUAUGAGGACAUAUGGAACAUGGAUGAGACUGGGGUAGGCCUUGGGGUAUGUAGCAACUCCCGUGUGGUUGCUAGCUCGUCAAAGAAGAAGGCUUACGUCAAAUCCCCAGAGGAUCGUGAGUGGGUGUCUAUUAUUGAGUCCAUCUCAGCCGUUGGCAAGAAGCUUCAAUGCCUAGUCAUCUUCAAAGGCAAGCAUCUACAAUCCACGUGGUUCCUAGCACAAGGGAGCAAGGUCUAUCUCCUAUACCUCCCGCCUCACGCGUCACACGUCCUCCAGCCGCUAGAUCUGGCUCCAUUCUCAGUACUCAAAUCUCGUUACCGUAGCGGGAUCCGAGCCCUCUCAGCACUUGAUGACGCAGCACCUAUCAAGAAGGAGCGCUUUGUCACAUCAUACAAUAAGGCGAGAGAUAAGGGACUAUCUGAGAGAGUCAUACGAGCCGGGUGGAAGGCUGCUGGCCUCUGCCCAUACAACCCAGACCUUGUACUGCUCUCAUCUCAAGUAUCAGGCCGGCCUAUCACUCCUCCACCAUCUACUCAAGCCUCAGAUGACGUGUUUGCCACGCCUCAGAGCUCACAGGCCUUGUACAAGGCUCAGCAGCUUAUUCUAUCAGAAUCUCAUUCACGGAGCACACGCCUGAUGCUUGGCAAGGCAGGCAAGGCUAUUGCCAGAGCCAACACCCGCGCAGCUCGGCUAGAAUUUGAAAAUCAACGCCUCAAGUAUCAAUUAGAUAGUGCUACUAUUACUCACUCAAGAAAGCGAGUUCAAGUUAAUCCAAAUGAGCGCUAUAGCAACGUUGAGGCGAUUAAGGCUGCUAUAGAUCGGGCAGCAGCAUUACAAGCUGAGCAGGCAUCACGGCAAGGAGAAGACGAAGCUAAAAAGGCGGCAGCAGCAGCAGCAGCUCUUACGCUUCAGUCUAUGUGUACAGAGUGGCAAUUGUAA